AUGUCCGGAAUAAUUGACGCGUCCUCUGCAUUAAGGAAAAGAAAGCAUUUGAAAAGAGGUAUCACCUUCACUGUGAUGAUCGUGGGCCAGUCAGGCUCAGGCAGGUCAACUUUUAUAAACACCCUGUGCGGUCAACAAGUCGUAGACACUUCGACGACAAUUCUCUUGCCCACAGACACGUCCACGGAAAUAGACUUGCAAUUGAGGGAGGAGACAGUCGAACUGGAGGAUGAUGAAGGUGUCAAGAUCCAGCUUAAUAUCAUCGAUACUCCGGGAUUUGGCGAUUCUCUGGAUAAUUCCCCAUCCUUCGAGAUCAUUUCUGAUUACAUUCGUCACCAAUACGACGAGAUCUUACUGGAGGAAAGCCGUGUGAGAAGAAACCCAAGGUUUAAGGACGGCAGGGUUCACUGUUGUCUUUAUCUAAUAAACUCAACCGGUCAUGGUUUAAAGGAAAUUGAUGUCGAAUUCAUCAAGCAAUUGGGUUCCCUGGUUAACAUCAUCCCCGUGAUCGGUAAAUCAGAUUCAUUGACAAGAGAUGAACUGAAACUGAAUAAAAAAUUGAUCAUGGAAGACAUCGAUAGAUGGAAUCUGCCAAUCUAUAAUUUUCCCUUCGAUGAAGAUGAAAUAUCCGACGAAGACUAUGAAACAAACAUGUACUUGCGUACGCUUCUACCCUUUGCCAUUAUUGGGUCCAACGAAGUGUACGAACUGGGUGGAGACGUUGGAACAAUUCGCGGCAGAAAAUAUCCAUGGGGGAUACUGGACGUAGAAGAUUCCUCGAUUUCUGAUUUUGUUAUUUUGAGGAAUGCACUAUUGAUCUCCCACUUAAAUGACCUGAAAAACUAUACACACGAAAUACUAUAUGAAAGAUAUAGAACCGAAGCGCUGUCUGGUGAAUCUGUCGCGACAGAUUCCAUACGUCCGAACCUCACGAAAUUGAACGGUUCACCGUCUUCAUCCGCCACAACAACAAGGAGAAACACGAACCCCUUUAAGCAAAAUAAUGAUAUUAAGAACGACACUCUCAGCCCAACAUCCGACAUGCGUGGGCAAAACACCGUUGAAAAUAACGAAACUUAUAUGGCACGUGAAGAACAAAUACGAUUGGAAGAAGAACGAUUGAAGGCAUUUGAGGAAAGAGUCCAGCAAGAACUACUGUUGAAAAGACAAGAACUGCUACAAAGAGAAAAGGAAUUGAGAGAAAUUGAAGCCAGACUGGAAAAAGAGGCCAAAAUCAAACAGGAAGAAUAA